UGUCAAUGAAGUGAAAGCUAGUCAAGUUGGAAUGGAAAGAAAGCAAGAUGAAAUCAAUGUCAAAGUAAAUCAAAUGAAGGUAAGAUAAGAUUAUGUUUAGUUUUGUGUAAUUUUCCAUUGCGAUAGAAACGCAACUUUUUAAUUUGCAAAACUUUUUUUCCUAAGCAUGAGUGUUCAUCAUUUAACGCAAACUUUUGAGGACUGAGCCGGCCAACAUAUUGAACACUUUGCCAAGUAAAUAAACUAUUUAUGGCGCAUAGCUUCUCAAAAUGUACACUGUGUCAUCGCUGAUAUAUUUUAAUAUAACAACAUAGUCAGAGAAAUUUUUAAUUUUACAAUCCAGGAGAAUGUUGACAAGAUAAAACAAACUCAAGCAGAAAUGAAAGCAGAUCAAAUGGCGUUUGAAGCCGAGGUAAUAUACCGAUUUGCAACGAUGACACAAAUGUUAAAUCAGCUGUUACAAGGAAGAAAUGUGAACAACAAUGGUGCUCACGCUUUAGACCCACCAGUUCCAGUCAACAAUCAAGAUAUUAUUAUUUUUGGCGGUCGGUAUGGCCCACGACAGAACAAUAUAUUAAAUACAGUUGAAAAAUACAACAUAACAGAAGGAACGUCGACUGAGCUGCCACCGAUGAAUCACCUUCGAACACAAUCAGCAUCAUGUGUUUACAACGGUGACGUCAUCGUUACUGGAGGUUCCGUCGGUAAAGCUGGUACUGACUUGAUCGAGAUUUUAAAGAUGAACCAGCAUCCUUUGCGAUGGACGAUUUUUGAUGGUAAACUGCCCAUCAAGUUAUCUGUCCAUAACGUUACAGUUUACCGGGAUAAAUUGUACAUCAUCGGUGGAUGUAUCUGGGAAGGAAACACCCCAUCGGAUGCAAUUUAUGAACUAUCCCUUGCCCCAGCUUAUACUGUCAAGUUUCUGGCAAGAAUGCCUCAGCCAAGAAGAAACCACAGAGCCGAGAUUGUUAGCGGGAAGCUAUUUAUCUUGGGAGGAACGACAACACACCACAAUAAAGAUGCUACUGAUAGUGUUGUUAUGUAUGAUUUCAUCAAGAACGAGAUUAAGCCAUGUCCACCGUUACGCAAGCCUGUCUUAGGAUUGUCCACAGUUACUUGGGGCAAUAUGAUAAUUGUCGUCGGCGGGGCGGAUAGGAACGGCCAGGUUUUAAAUGACGUCAUCAUGUAUCACAUUGAAACUGGGCGAGGUGAAAGAUUACCUUCACUAAAACACAAGAGGUGGGGUGCCUCAGCUGUCAUGAUGCAUGACGUCAUUGUUGUAUUGGGAGGAUGGAAUAGGGAGGAGGGACAUCUUAACUCAGUAGAAAGUUUCACAAUGGGAGAUAAUCAGUGGAAAGAACUGCCAGGAAUGAAAGAGAAAAGGCUUUGGGCAAAUGCUGUAGUGACACCUCGCAACUGAAAAGUUUUCUAUAAACUAUUUAUUCGCUUAUAUAACCAUUUAAUGUCUGUGUAAAAUAAACUUAUGUUGAUAGAAAUACCAAUAAUUUUAUUUUAGAUAUAACCCUGUAUAAUAAAUAAUUGUGUAAAUAUUCUUCAUUUAAUAUACGUUGUGUUAAAAGAAAC